AGAAAUAUGUGCGGCUAAACGUCCAUAUAAGACUACAUUAUUUAAUUAUCUUACCGCACGCAAACACUAUGAUGAAAUAAUGUACAUAUGCGGAUGGUAGUCCAGUAUAGUUGGUCGAGCAUUAAUUAAUUCAUUCAAAUCUUGUUACGCUCUUUAGUUCUUUAUACUUUUCUAAUAAGCCCUAAUUCCCAAAAUUCGAACUCCAAUUUCACCCUAUUUCCACCAUCCUUUCUCCAUUGAAGGUUACGAGCUACCGAGCCUCGUCCUCCAUUAGUUUGAAACGCUUAGAUCCGAGGAAUUUGCCCUCGUCAGAUCACUAUCUUCGUUGCGAGGAGGAUGAGGAGUUGGCGAGUAUGACUGGAGAGAGUAGGAUGUAUUCGGUGAAUUAGCAACCUUGCCGUUUUAAUGCAAUUAUUUUAGGCGCAGCAGCGACUAGCCAUUACCGAGGCAGUGUUGGCAUUUGCAAGGGGUAUCAUCUAGAAACCUUGUCGGAUUUUCCCCUAGAGGAAGAGGAAUUUGAUGGUUUGGACUAAACAAGCCGAGCUCCAGCGUCGUUUCCGGUCGGCUUGAUUCAGUCUUAUUACAGCCCUAGCACCGGAUGCCGGGCAUACCUCUCGUGGCUCGUGAAACUGCGAAUUGUGUUUGCAAUUGCAGUUACUCCCGAGGUGCAGACCAUAUGUGUCGCCAAGAUCCCCGUGCGCAUUUGUCUCCAGAAGAGCAAAUUGCAGCCGAGGAAAGCCUCUCAAUUUACUGCAAGCCUGUUGAAUUGUACAACAUUCUUCAGCGCCGUGCUGUUAGAAAUCCAUCCUUCCUUCAGCGAUGUUUGCGGUACAAAAUACAUGCAAAACACAAGAAAAGGAUACAAAUGACAAUCUCCCUACCAUCAACUGUAAAUGAUGAAUCUCAAAUUCAAAGUCUAUUUCCUUUGUGUAUAAUGUUGGCAAGACCCGUUUAUAGUCCUGCAGUUGUAGAGGAUUCUGCAGUUUAUCGAUUCAGUCGAGAAUGCAUAUUGACUAAAUGUACUGGAGAUGAUGCAAUGAACCAAGAUGAAGCAAAUUUUAUUCUUCCUGAGAUUAAUAAACUAUCAGCCGAAGUCAAAUCGGGCUCUCUUACAAUUUUGUUUGUUAGUUGUGCUGAAUUGUUUAAGGAGCAUCUGGAUGCGCCAUUGUUUCCAGCUAAUGUUGGAGGUCACUGCUUCCUGGGUAAGAUUCCAAUGGAGUUGCUUCAUUUGUCGUGGGAAAAGUCUCUGAACUUGAGUAGCGGGGAGAGAGCUGAGAUGCUGUCGACUGUUGACUUGCAUUCAUGCUUCUUAAAGACGGGCAGUUUUGGAGAAGAUAAAUGCUUUUCAUUUCAUAGUCCCCAUGCUGCUGGAGCUAUGGCUUUGUCUCAACAACUGCAAGUCCGUGUUGCAGCAGAAGAAGUUGGGCUUAAGGAGAGAUCUCCUUAUGAUUCAUUCUCAUACAAUGACGUCCCUUCCUCUACUUUGCCUCAGAUUAUCAGGUUGAGGACUGGGAAUGUUGUUUUCAACUACAGAUACUAUAAUAACAAGUUACAGAGGACUGAAGUAACGGAGGACUUUACGUGCCCUUUCUGUUUGGUCAAAUGUGCAAGCUUUAAGGGUCUGAGAUAUCAUCUGCCUGCCUCCCAUGACCUCUUCAACUUCGAAUUUUGGGUAACAGAGGAAUUUCAAGCUGUCAAUGUAUCUGUAAAAACCGAUACAUGGAGAUCUGAGAUUGUUGCAGCUGGUGUUGAUCCUAAGCAACAAACGUUUUUCUUUUGUUCAAAGGCACCACGGCGUAGAAAAAUGAAGAGCCCACUGCAAAAUCCGAAGUUUGUGCAUCCUCUUGUCUUAGAUUCAGAAAUGCCGGGAUCGAUCAUUGAGCUUAGAGAAAAGAUUGUUGUUGGUGUAGAAGAGAGUGCGGACCGCGACGCAUCAAGUCCCAGAGCUUCAUCUGCCACUGCUCAUUCAUAUGCAGACCCUGAAUGUGUCCAGUCGUUACCUGGAAGCAACCUUGCGCCUCCAGCAUUACUACAGUUUGCAAAGACAAGGAAAUUAUCAGUUGAACGCUCUGAUCCUAGAAAUCGUGCACUCUUGCAGAAGCGGCAGUUCUUUCAUUCUCAUAGAGCGCAACCCAUGGCCAUGGAGCAAGUCGUAUCAGAUCGUGACAGUGAGGAUGAAGUUGAUGAUGAUGUUGCAGAUCUUGAAGACCGAAGGAUGUUGGAUGAUUUUGUGGAUGUCACAAAAGACGAGAAGCGGUUGAUGCAUCUUUGGAAUUCUUUUGUUAGGAAGCAAAGGGUAUUGGCUGAUGGUCAUAUUCCUUGGGCGUGCGAAGCUUUCUCCAAAUUGCACAAACAGGAUCUUGUUCAGAUACCAGCAUUACUUUGGUGCUGGAGAUUAUUUAUGAUCAAACUCUGGAAUCACGGUCUUCUUGAUGCUCGUACAAUGAACAGUUGUAAUAUGAUCCUCGAACAACCACAAGGGGCAGACGCAGCAGACCCAGACCCAGACCCAUACGCAAUGAUGCAACUCUCUCUCCCUUUGGCAUAAGCAACUGAGGUGUGAUCAAUUUAGCUGCAGUGUCUCACCAUUAUUAAAACAAGUGUCUUCCUUAUCUUUAGACUGUAGAAGAGUAUGCAAUUUUCAAUUUUUUAUAAUCUCCAUUUCCCUUACUGAUUGCCCUGUAUUUCACUUGGUUACUGGGGACCGAUUGUUUGAUAACAAUCCUAAUUUUAAGUUUUCUUCUUUAAAUAUC